AUGGUAGUGGAUCCCUCUUUUCCUCAACCAUCCAAAAGAAGAAGAAUCAACCACGUUUAUUCCAUGGCAACAAUUACAGAGAUGAGUGAAAGAUUUGGACGAGAGAUUCGUGUUUUUGAAACAUUUUCACUUUCUCCAACUCAAAAUGAUGCAGCAAACAAAGAAGAGGAGACCGACGAGUUCUACGAGUUCACUGCUGCAGAUUAUUACAAACUCUUGGGUACUAAAAAAGAAGAUAAAUAUCUAAAGACUCGAAAACUUCGAGAAGCAGAUGAGGCAGCUCGCAGGUCUAGAAUAACAAAGGCUGUAAUUAGAGUUCGCUUCCCUGAUAAUCAUACAUUGGAAGCUACAUUUCAUCCAUCAGACACCAUCCAAAGUUUAAUCGAUCUCCUCAACAAAGUGAUUGCACAACCAGAGAAGCCCUUUUAUUUAUAUACUACUCCGCCCAAGAAGGUGAUCAAAGACUUCUCUCAGGAUUUCUAUACCGUCGGCUUUUGUCCGGGUGCCAUUGUGUACUUUUCAUAUGAUGUUUCAAAAGGUAAUAGCAGCGAUGACGGCCCUUACCUACUAGAAGAAGUGAUGUCUUUGAAGGGUGCUAUAGAUCAAGGUGAGCCGUCAGAGCCAUUACAGUCUGAACCAGUGUCAGCUGAGCCUGUUGCGCAAGCUCCUGCCGUUGAAGAACGGAAACCGGCCGAGAAAAAGAUUGUUAAGCCAAAGUGGUUGAAAAUGUGA